AUGGCUCAAGAAGACCAUGGGCAGAGUCACGGUGACUCUCCCAAUAAUCCUACAAUUUCUACUCCGACAUCGACGUCUCCUUCUCUAGCUCCCAUAGUUACAUCUGUCACCGCUCCUCCAGCUUCCAACACGAGUGCUGGACCUCUCAACACUGCUGCUGCCGAGACGACACUCCCACCCAUCACCGAGCUUGCUCCAGUGCCGUUCACGGCUGCGGACCGCCCGACCGCCUCGACGACCGCUCCAGUUCCCACCUCUACACCCGCCGCAUCCUCCGAAUCCGAACCAUUCGUCGUCUCUUCUUCCGUGCCGACACUCACGCCAGCCUCGGCUCCUGCUGCUCCUGCCGCUCCGCCCGCGGUUCCUCAGCAGAACGGCGACAGCAGGGCCCCCGAGGCUGCUUCGACACCCACGUCCAACUCGGAAAUGUCCAACCAGCAUCCAGGACUACCUCAUGGCCAGCAUGUGAGCUAUCCGGGCUCCUCGAUGCCUUAUGCGUCCUCGGCAGGCCCAUCAGCCGCCCAAUAUGCCCCUUAUCCUGUAGUCACGAGUCAAGCAACGGAGCCAUACAGACCGAGUCCUAUGCCUGUCAGUAUGCCGCUGCCUAGCAUGAGGACAAUCGAAAACCCACAUGGGCCUCCGGUGUCGAAUCCGCAGGGCAUGCCAAUGAACAUGCAUAUGGCGCCCACGUCAGGCGGUGUGCCAUUCUAUAGCCACCAAGGCAUGCCAAUGGCAAGCUACGGUCUUCCCGAUUCUAUGGCUCGUUAUGCUAUUCCUCACGAUCCGCGGCUUCUGGGCCAUAGGGGACCGAAGAAGGAGAUUAAACGUCGGACAAAAACAGGCUGUCUGACUUGCAGAAAACGUCGUAUCAAGUGCGACGAAACACACCCGACUUGCAACAACUGUAAAAAGUCGAAGCGCGAGUGUCUCGGUUACGACCCCAUUUUCAGACAACAAGCGGGUGGACAAUCAUCUUCUAAUAUCCAGCCCGCGCCCAGCCAAAGAACUCCCCCCACAGUUCCAAGCUCUGUGCCUUCAACUGUCCCCUCGUCGAUAGCGCCCAACCCUGCCCUUACCGCUCGACCUACGAACUCAUACGGCAGCCAGCCGUCUAUGCUCCCAAGCUCGUACGCAACAGCUCACGCGACAACAGCAAGCCCUAACCCGUCCAUUACCUCGCUUAGCUACGACUCGAGUUUUUCCAACGUUGCAUCUCCUCCUGUCAAAUCUGAGUCGACAUACGAGUAUCCGCCCGCAAUCGACCCAGCCCUUCAAGGAUUCUCGUCAACCUCAAACGCAGAAAGCUCUAGAGCGGUUGAACAAAGGCCUCUUGCUGACAACAACCAACAUCUUAGAGGUGGCGCCCCCUACUAUUGA